AUGUCGACCACAACACAGGCCAAACCCACUUCAGCGGCCAAGGGUACUUACAUCCCUUCCGGGCCCAAUGACCUGAGGGGGCCUUGUCCGGUGAUCAACUCCCUGGCGAACCAUGGCUACCUCCCGCGAGACGGGCGUGACUGUCGCGUCGGCGACUUCACCGCCGCCAUGCACGCGCUGGGGAUCUCCCCGGUCCUCGGUGCGACACUGAGCAACCCGAUCUUUCUCGAGCGCGUAGUCCCGGGUCUGAAGGGCGACGACGCAGUCCAGCCGAGUCGCUCGCUCCUGGGCAAGAUCUGGUAUCUCGUCCGGAACCCCUGGGCCAUUGCCUUCACCGGCUUCGGCAUGCGCCGACCCGGCCAGGUCGACUCGAUGGGCAACAAGUGCCUGGGCCUCGACCAAUUUGCGCUGCAUGGUGCCGUGGAACACGACAUUUCGCUCAGUCGCUGGGACAUUGCGCAGGGUGACAACCACACUCGUCAGCCGGAACUCGUCAAGCGAUUGCUCGAGUCGUCAUCGGAUGGAGGAAAGACACUGACGCUGGAGGACCUGGCAAACUUCCGGCGCCGGAGGAUAGAGGAGCAGAAGGAAAGCAACCCCGAGGUCACCUACGAGAAAAAGCAACAUCAAACGGCAUGCGGAGAAAUCGCGCUGAUUCUGAGCGUCUUCGGCGACAGGAAGAGCAUUCCAUCCGAAUACGUCCGCGCGCUAUUCCUCGAGGAGCGCCUGCCAGUGCAGGAGGGUUGGAAGAAGAGGCAGUGGUGGACCGUUGGGUUAAUUGAACUGGAGAGGGUAGUAAGCAAAGUUAAGAAGUUCAUUGGGUUGCAGAUCUGA